CAGCAGCUGACUUCAGUCUGCCGCUCGCUUGGCUACGAGGCGGACGCACUUGCUCCACUCUGCUCUCCAGUCUCCCUUAGCUGGAAACCCGUUCGCGACCGUCGCGCAUGCGCCGUGUGUUUCGUAAUUGCGAUCGCGCCGUGUCCCAGUUUCUUGGCGUUCGCUUUUAAUUUCGUUGCGGCGGCAUCCAUCGACUGCUCGACUGUUGUUGGCCAACCGAAAUGCCUCAUUGAGUUGUGGCCCAAGUCGACAAACCAAAGCAAGCGGCCAAGUGAUGUGCAAUCGACUCGACCCACCGCCAGGAUUUAGUUUGGGAUUAAGACAACAACAGCAUGAGAUCGCAUGUAGCAGUUUACAGGGCGCCAGAAAUAGCACCACCGCCACCCAACUACGCUCCCCUGCGAUACCAUCAGCAUUCGUUGAACCAUUGGCCAGGAAGCCAACAGCAGCAGCAGCAUCCUGCUCCAGCUCCAGCUCCUGCCUACCGACUGCAUCAUGGUCCGCCGGCUGCACAACCGCCCUCUUGGGUAGGGCAAUCGUCUGGUCCAACAUCCCAACCGGUUGGCUACGGGGUGGUCAACCAGCAGCGGAUUAAUGAGUGCGCCGGCAUACCACUCAUCUCGAAUGCCUCCAGUCACCUGUCGCCCGGCCAGCGCCAGAGAUUGCUGAGGAAAUCCACCACGAAAACAUGUCCAUCAUGGCCACCGGGUGGUGCCACCAUGUCGCAGCUGGCUGUCCAUGCCCAGGGCAUGCCGUUGCUCCAGCAGAACGGCAAGCAUCUUCAACAGCAGCAGCAGCAGCACCACCACCAGCCACAUCACCACCUCCAACAUCCUGUGCCCAACAACUGGAGUGCCUAUCAACCGAUGAGCAGUCAGGCUGGAUUUAAGUUGGCGGACAAAUCGCGUGCCCUUCGCUACCAGAAUUCUGCACCGCCCAUGCUCAGUAGCCAGGAGAAACCGGCAAACAAUGCUUCCAGCCACGAACAGGCCCCUUCUCCGGCGGAGACCUGUCUGCCCAGGAUUAUCAAGCCGCGAAAGCGGCGCAAAAAGGAUCGCAAGCUGGGGAAUGGCGUGCUGCUCAAAAUGGAAUCCGAAAUGCAGCCCAAAAUUAGCAACCCACGCGAGGCGUAUUCCUCGGGCGGAGGGGCAUCUUACCAGCUGCCACCCGGAAUACUGCAGCAUGAUCAUACGCACGGAGUGUGCUUCUGCCGGGAGUGUGACCCACUGCGUUCUCUUUGGGAUUACCCGCUCCGGCGAUCGCUCUCCGAUGCCUCCUCCAGCGAACAAGGAGGCGGAAGCAGGGAGUCCUCCUCCUCCACCUCAUCCACGCACUCGGACAGCUCCUGCGAUAGCUCCAUUUGCAGCCAGAGCCUGGCGAUCGGCUCGUCGGCUUUGCGGGAGGAGACCAGCGAGGAGUUUGCUCCCAUCACCGGCGACAGCAGCCGGGCGGAAAUUGUGGGUGUAAUCGGAUCCCAGCGGAGUCAUCCGUGUGCUGUGACCACGCCCUCUCAGUGCAUGAGCGAUGAUUCCGGCUACGGCGACAUCCUGAGUGGCAUCAACAUAGCCAACGAUCUGUUUGCCAAUUGCUUCAGAGGCGGCAAACUGGGCCACGCCUCCUCCACCUCGAUUUCCGCCCAGGCGGAGACGCUGCUGGAUGAGAGCCUCAAUGAGAUAUCGCGCAAGCUGAUCGAGACAUGCAAUGCGGCCGAUCAGGCCGGAUUGGGAUCGGGUUCGGGAUCGGGAGCAGCCAGCGACAGUGGAUUGGAUAGCGCUGGCAGCCACAGCUGCGAUUCGGGCCUCGUCUUUAACUUUGAGCAUUUGAAUCUGACGGAUGCGACGCCCACAGCCUUGGAUUUUCUCGUGGAUUGCAACAACAAUAGCAGCAAUGGCAACGGCAACGGCAACAGUUUGGGCCUAAUGUGGCGCGGAGGAAGGCAGCCAAGCGGAGGCGGAGGUGGUGGCGGUGGCGGCCACGAUGACAGCCAAGUGGCAGCUGCCAAACUGGGCCCAGACAGCCGGGCCACACCCACCAGGCUGAUACUGGGCACGGUGGGCAAGCUGAAGCCAGCGUUUUCCACCAUCUCAUGACGACGAAGCCAGCGGAAAACUAAUAAAAAAAAAAAAAAUCACUGGCAACAAAAAUGAGAAAACCGAAACAAGAUAUCGCAUCGCAACCCAGAAGAAAAGUGGCUCAUUUUGCGACGAUUUGGAGAAACGUGAGACGAGAUAACGAUGCGUGGGCGCCUUUGGAUGGGGAAAUGUAAAUCUCCUGAAAGCAUUUUUGAAUUUCUACCCAACCCGAGUUGCGCAACUCCGGCGAAGACAGCAAAGAAAGAAGAAAACCCAUUAAAUGGAUACAACGCACAUGUGAGACGAUCAUCACAUCGUCAUCGCGAUCGGAGCGAAAAACAAAAGGCCAACGAGUUGACCAAAUGGGCGCAGGCAGGCAGUUCGGUACGAUCCCCCGGCCAAAUGGAAACUUGUGAACGACAGACCGGGACUGGAAACCUUGUACAUACCACAUACACACUCCCCAACAACGAAUCCAAAUCCGAAUCCCAAUCCGACUUCCACUUCAACUUCAACUUUCACUUUCACUGCGGCGGUAGCUUUGGCGACGGCGACGGCGUUUUGUAUAUCUGUAUUUUUUUGUAAGACAUUUUUCUUUUCUUUUUCUUUUUGCCAAGACCACAGAUGACGGAGCUGCGGGUGGGGGUUACGGGAAGGGUGCGACUCUUAUGCAGAUUUUGUGGCGCAAAAAGAAGAAGAAACUGUAGAAAUCGCAUAGAGAUGAGAUGUGAACCCUAAAGAUACUAUAAUCAUAAUCAUACCCAUAUCUAUAUAUUUACUUUUUAUAUACAUUUAAUUGUUGUUGUUAUUUGUGCAUUAACGUAACCCCAUAGGGCCAAAAACCUGUUCAAUCUGGGAUUUUUAAAGCGAGGGCCGUGCGUUAAUUUUUAUCUUUGAGCUAAGCAACGUUCCUACAUUUUAGUUGUGUAUCUUUAUCGUUUUUUGGGUUCCAUUUAAUGUUAUCUGUUUAGUUGGUUUGGUUUUUACUUAGUCCGUAAUCGAUGCGCUACAACGUGAACUUUUAUAGUUGAUAAGUUUGUUUAAGACCUAAGCAGUUGUCCUUAGAUGGGAAAAACAGAAAGGAUCUCUAAAGGUUUAAUUAAAGUCUUAAAGGAUUUUGCAAUCCUAUUUUUCAUUCUUUUACACAAUGCGUUUUAAAUAGUUAAGGUAUUUGUUUAUAAUUAUUAAAUAUGCUUCCAGUUUUAUAGAGAAACCUUAUAUAUUUUAAAUUUUAUGUAAAUCAUUGGCAAUUUUCCUCUAUACAAACAUAAUGAACAAUUGCCUUACAGUUUUAAAACGCAUUGUGUAGCACUGAACUGAGAGCUCAUUUCUUCCGAUUGAAUUCGUAUUCGUAAAUUUAAUGCGUGAGUUUAAUUCUCGGAAGCAUUUAUUAAUAGGCGAUCGGUAUCAUGUCAUGCUAUAUUUUCUAAUUAAGACUCUUAUUUCCGACUUGUCUGCAAUUUGAGCCGCAUAAAACAGCCGAAAGAAGAUCUGGUGCACAAUUAAUUCCAACUGAGAUCACCAAGCAUAAAAUCUAAAUCUGAAAAUCGAGAGCAGCCCUAGUUACCUGCUUAGCUGUUGUAGUUGGCGAGUAAAAGUUUUCGCCUUUUUUUAAUUAAAAGAAACUCACGAACGCGCAGCGCGCGCAGAAAUUGCUUGAAGUUUUCCGCUCUGCUCGACUCCGGCUCGACUUGGCUUGAAUUUUCUUAGCUUGGCUUGGCUUGGCUCGAAUCGUGUUGGCUGGGAGUAGUCGUAGUCGACGGUCUCAGCAUCGCGCCAACGGUUGGAAAAUGUCACAGAUUUUCCAUUGGCAGGUUCCGGCAGACAGUUUGUGUUACCAUUCCCCAGAUAGAAAUUACCACUUGAAGCUAAUUUAUUUAAUUAAUAUUUUCACUAGUUUGUAUUGUGCUCCCUCGUAUUAUUGUACUAUUUGUUUGUUCGUAAGCAUCGUUUUUGCACAAAUAACAAUCCUAUAGUUAACCCAUCAAUACCACACCAUACCACAUUUGUAACCCACACACAAUAUGGCCAACUUAUUUAUUUUGAUUAAGCCCGAACGAGAACUCAAUAAAAAGUGUAAACAAAAAUGUCAAACAAAAAGAACUUGAUUGCUGUUUUGAUAGCCCCAAAACUAGGUGUUGAAAUAACGAAAUAUCGAAAUAAAGAAAAAAAAAACAAA